GGGAACUCAUGAAUGAUUUGCAUAUAUUUUCCAUAUUUCAUCAACCCAACCCAUAGAAGUGACUCCAUUAAUCCAAAGAUUUUUUUUACAAUUGAUGAUCAAAUGUGUUUAAUUUUAUCUGUAAAAACAGCUUAUAUGGUUUUAAUGCAUAUCCAAAAAAUGGGAUUUUUUUCAAUGAUUUGACCUUAGUAUCCAUUGACGUUCCACAACAAUCAAACUUAUGAAAUAAAACGAAUUUUAUGUUUUUUUAAAAAAAAGCACUUCACAAAUGUGUAAUACAAUACAUUAUGGGUUCAGAUACCGCCAGGGGUCUACACAUCUAUAAAACUAGAGGAUUUGUUGUUCAGAUUUAGUUUAUACAACAUUCAAAUGUCAGAUAGUAGCGAAAAAAGUAAUCUCAGUAGAGUUGAAGCCAGUAUCAAAAAUAGGAGAGGACGGCCAACUGGACAAACAAAUAAGGAAGGACACAAUGCUGGUCGCAAACGCAAACAAAUAGUUAAUCAAUCCUUUAUGACAAAUUUUUUGACAAAGACCCCCGAGGAGACGGUACAAUCUGAAGCCUCCACAUCAGCUGCAGCAGAUAAUGAGCAUAUUUUAUUUGGUAACACUGAACAGGGAGUUGAAGACACUGAAGAUGAUUCAAAUGAGGAUGGAGUCGAAGAAACUGAAACUGAUUCCGAUGAAUUCGAGGAAUUGAAUGAGGAAGCAUUUAACAUCCUAGACGAGUUUGCUUCUUCAUUACCUUCUGACAGUGAAGUUGCGAAAUACCACGAAGCUCUUCAGCAAAGAUUGGGAGGAAACAACAAAAACAAGAGUCACCCCCCUGAUGAAUAUAAAAGAGGGACAUUUUGGACACAGACGCGGAACCCUUCUUUUAUUUUGGCGAAGGCUGCAGAUCCGUCGGAGCUGUACCACCCAAGAACGUUCAUUUGGCUACCUGACCAUUUGCAUGAUAACUUGGAUUUGACAAAAAAACAAAAGCAAGAAGAAUUAUUGAUCUGA